UCCAUUCUCUCCCACCACGCCGCACCCGAUCCCGCAAUCUCUCGCUCCGCCGCCCGCCCGCCCCCGUUCCACCGCCGCCGCGCCGGUCCGCUCCGACCGCCGAGGACGCGCCCCGAUCCGGCUCGCGGCCCCGCCCGUCCGGAUCUGACUGUCGCUCGCUCGCCGCUGCCGGGGGCGGUUGCUCCGUGCUUCGCUGGGGGUUCACGCGGCUGCGCGCGGGGAGGUGCGGAGUCGCCGUUAGGGCUCGCGGAUGGGGAAGCCGCCGAAGAGGCCCCCGCCCCGGCCCGACUACGACUACCACGCCAAGCUGCUCCUCAUCGGCGACAGCGGUGUUGGAAAAACUUGUCUCCUUUUACAGUUCUCAGAUCACUCCUUCACCACUAGCUUUAUAACCACCCACGGGAUUGACUUCAAAGUAAGAACAAUUGAGCUUGAUGGUUGGCGCAUAAAGUUGCAGAUCUGGGAUACUGCUGGCCAAGAACGUUUUCGAACUAUUACAACUGCCUACUACAGGAAUGCAAUGGGCAUUUUGCUUGUGUAUGAUGUUACUGACGAGUCAUCAUUCAAUAAUAUAAGAAACUGGAUUAGGAACACUGAGCAACAUGCUUCCGACAAUGUGAACAAAAUUUUGAUAGGCAACAAAGCAGACAUGGAUGAAAGCAAACGGGCUGUACCAACUUCUAAAGGGCAGGCUCUUGCUGACGAGUAUGGCAUCAAGUUUUUUGAAACGAGUGCAAAGACCAACCUGAACGUGAAUCAGGUUUUCUUUUCAAUAGCAAGAGAUGUCACGCAAAGGUUCGUGGAAACUAAUACAAAGCAGCCAGAGUUUUGGGAGAGCACCACGAUCACUAUCAACAGACCUGAGGGUGGUGGUGACACUUCGACGCAACAGAAGUCAGCUUGCUGUGGAUCGUGAGUGGUUUACGUUGUCACACGGAGGAUAAGGUAAUGGUGAUACAAUGCUUGUAAUUUACCCUUUUCUCAUCUUUGUGCCUCUUCUAUCGUUUAAUCGCAAUUGCUUGGGUUCAGAUUUCUGUGUUUCACCGUGAACGAUGUUAGUUGUAACUCUGGUAGAAAUGCAAAUGGUCUUAGUCAAUGUUCUGGCGUGUGCAAAACUGCAGAUCUAUUAUGAGACCAUUUCAUUUCUAAUCAAUGUAUAGACAUAAUUUUAUCCUGCUGGUUCUGAAAAUACUUGCUGAAUUGUCACA